GUCCCUAAUAAUUCUCCAGCGGUCUAGCUCCUCAAAUAUUCCAGGCUCUCGUUUCAGUGAAGUAGCACAGUAGACUGUCACUGCACGGAAUACAUAGCUACACUUUUCUGUUAUUCAUAACUUUCUGGAAAUGAAAUUUAUACGUUAAGCUUGAAGACUAAAUCCAGCCCAAAAUGACGGUGGACUUUGAAGAAUGUGUGAAGGAUUCACCCCGGUUCAGGGCAAACAUUGAUGAAGUGGAGACGGAGGUGGUAGAGAUUGAAGCUAAACUAGACAAACUGGUGAAGCUAUGCAGUGGGAUGAUCGAGGCAGGGAAGGCGUAUGUCAGUGCCAACAAACUCUUUGUGAAUGGGAUACGGGACCUGUCCCAACAAUGCAAGAAGGAUGAGAUGAUCUCGGAGUGCCUGGAGAAGUGUGGGGAGAGCCUCCAGGAAAUAGUCAACUACCACAUGAUUCUGUUCGAUCAAGCCCAGAGAUCUGUGAAGCAGCAGCUGCACAACUUUGUGAAAGAGGAUGUCCGUAAGUUCAAGGAGACCAAGAAGCAAUUUGACCGCAUGCGUGAGGACAUGGAGAUGGCCCAGGUGAAGAACGCCCAGGCUCCCAGGAACAAGCCCCACGAGGUGGAGGAGGCCACCGGAACACUCAGUAUUACCAGGAAGUGCUUCAGACACCUGGCCCUCGACUACGUACUUCAGAUCAACGUCCUUCAAGCCAAGAAGAAGUUUGAGAUCCUAGAUGCUAUGCUAUCCUUCAUGCAUGCCCAGUACUCCCUCUUUCAGCAGGGUUUCAACCUGCUGGAUGAGAUUGACCCCUACAUGAAGAAGCUGGCUGCUGAGUUGGAUCAGUUGGUGAUUGACUCGGCCAUGGAGAAGAGAGAUAUGGAACACAAGCACGCCACCAUACAGCAGAGGACCCUCAUGCAGGACUUCUCGUAUGACGACUCAAAGGCAGAGUUGUUCAACGUGGACGCGCCCAAUGGCGUGGUGAUGGAGGGGUACUUGUUUAAGCGAGCCAGCAACGCCUUUAAGACGUGGAACAGGCGGUGGUUCUCCAUCCAGAACAGUCAGCUGGUCUAUCAGAAGAAGCUGAAGGAUUCCCUGACGGUGGUGGUGGAGGACCUCAGGCUGUGCUCUGUCAAGCCCUGUGAGGACAUUGAGAGGAGGUUCUGCUUCGAGGUUGUCUCCCCCAACAAGAGCUGUAUGCUGCAGGCGGAGUCAGAGAAGCUUCGGCUAGCCUGGAUCCAAGCAGUGCAGGCCAGCAUUGCCUCAGCAUACAGGGAGAGCCCAGACUACCACUACAUCGAGUGUCUGGAUAGGACAGCCUCACCUUCCGUCAGCAGUAUGGACUCGGCCAGCGAGCCUCGGGAACGCUGUGUCAGGGGGGAGACCAUCCUGCAUCGUAUACAGUGUCUCCCGGGCAAUGAGUAUUGCUGUGACUGUGGCCAGGCCGACCCGCACUGGGCCUCCAUCAACCUGGGCAUCCUGCUCUGCAUCGAGUGCUCCGGCAUCCACAGGAGUUUGGGGGUUCACUGUUCCAAGGUGCGCUCUCUAACGUUGGACUCAUGGGAACCUGAGUUACUAAAGCUGAUGUGUGAGCUGGGAAACAGUGUCAUCAACCACAUCUAUGAGGGAGCAUGUGAGGAGCAGGGCCUGAAGAAACCAGGGCCCUCAAGUUCCAGGCAGCAGAAGGAGGCGUGGAUCAAAUCAAAGUAUGUGGAGAAGAAGUUCCUGAAGAAGUUGGGGGCCACAGAGGUGCUUGUGAACGGUGGACAGAAGACGGAGCGCCGGUGGAGUGUGAAGAAGUGGCAGAGACACAACAGCGCCACCACAGUGCCUAAGACCCGACGGAAAUACCGUCAGGAGCCGGGCGGCGCCUCCCCUGCCACCCUCUCCUCAGCCGCUUCAGCUCUAGAGAGAAAGUUCCGACGAGAGUCACUGUUUUGUCCAGACGAGCUGGACAAUCUCUUUUCUUACUUCGACACAGGAUCUGGACCUCGUAGCCCUGCAGGUCUGAGCAGUGACAGUGGCCUGGGCGGCAGUACAGACGGCAGCACAGACAUCCUGGUGUUCGGCUCAGUGGUUGACAGUGUCACAGAGGAGGAGUGUGAGGUGUCGGAGGACUCAAGCGGAGAGGCUGAGAUGGAGCCGGAGCCCGAGGCCCAGUCGGACCCAGAGGAUGGGCGUGAGCUCCACCCUGGGGCGCUGCUCUACAAGGCCUCCCAGGCACGCAAUCUGCCCGUCAUGGCUGAGGCGCUGGCUCACGGGGCUGACAUCAACUCUGUCAAUGACGAGGAUGAUGGCAAGAGCCCACUCAUACAGGCUGUGUUUGGGGGCUCCUUGAUAGCCUGCGAGUUCCUGCUCCAGAAUGCAGCUGACGUCAACCAAAGAGACGCAAGGGGGAGGGGGCCACUACACCACGCCACAUAUCUGGGACACACAGGGCAGGUGUGUUUGUUCCUGAAGAGAGGAGCCACGCAGAACGAUGGGGACGAGGAUGGACAGGACCCUCUGAGUAUCGCUGUGCAGGCAGCCAACGCAGACAUCGUCACCUUGUUGCGACUGGCCAGGAUGAAUGAGGAGAUGCGGGAGUCAGAGGGACCGUUCGGCCAGCCAGGAGACACUACUUACCUGGACAUCUUCCGAGAGUUUUCUCACAUGGCCUCCCACAACCCAGAGAAGCUGAAGCGGAGGAGUGUACAUUUCAGACACUCCUUCAGGUAGCCCACGGAUGGAUGAGAUGUCUGGGAGGUCGUACUUGAAGAGUGCAACAGUCACUUUCAUCAUUACAGAUUUGAAUAGUGUGUCUAUCCACCUCAUAUUCAGAACCUGACUUUAGGAAUCCUCUCAGAUUCCCAACUCAUAAAUGUUCUUC